AUGCAGGAAUUUGAGCGAGUGAUGAAAGCAAAUGUAAAAGAAGUAAUGCACGGCAUUAAGCACACAGCCCAAGUUAUGAUUCCCAAUAGAAAAGGGAGCAUUAUCUCAACAGCUAGUAUUGCAGGAAUAGUAGGAGGAGUUACUCCUUACCCCUACAAUGCGUCGAAACAUGACGUUAUUGGUCAGACUAAGAGCGGUGCAGCAGAGCUUGGGAAAUGUUGUAAACGAGUGAAUUGCAUUUCUCCUGCUAUAGCUCCCACAGAUACGGCAAUGAAAUACAUGGGAAUGACCCCUUCACCAGAGGCAAAGGCCAAGGUGGGGGCCGCGGCUCAGGCCAUAGCCCCCUUAAAGGAAGCAGUUCUUAAAGUAGAGGAUAUAUAA